GUGAUUGUGUCACUGGUUCUUGGAUAUGUUGACAUCCACAAUUAUUACGCCAGUUCACCUGUGAAAUUUACGCUCUCUCUGAUCUCCAUAAUGCCACUUUCUUACUAUAUUGGAAUGGCAAUUGCAAGUAUAUCUGCUCAAAGCAACUUUGCACUGGGAGCUGUGGUGAAUGCUACUUUUGGCUCAAUCAUUGAACUGACUUUCUACAUCACAGCACUGAUUAAGGGGGCUCGAGAAGAUAACAAGUGCUAUGAAGAGGUGGUAAAGUCUGCUCUGACCGGCACAUUACUGGGGUGUGUCCUCUUUGUUCCUGGUUUGUGUAUGAUCAUUGGUGGAAUAAAGCACCAGGAACAAAGGUUUAAUAGUAGAUCAGCUGGAGUAGGCUCUGCACUGCUGUUUAUAUCUGUAGGAGGUGUAUUUGCUCCUACACUGUUCUCCAAAGUAUAUGGAAAGAUGGAUCUGUGGAAACUGUAUGAACUUUUGGACAAAAUGGUACAAACAAGUAUAUCUGUCAGAAUUGCCACACUUUUUUUGACAGGACAAAAUGACACCAUGUUUUACAGUGAUGUAAGGCCCUUGGUGUACACUGUGUCCAUUCUGCUGCCCGCUGCUUAUGUAAUAGGGCUUAUCUUUACACUCAAGACUCAUUCUCAUAUUUAUGAUAUUCACAUCAGUGACUGCCAUGUGCCUGGCCACCAUCAUAGCCCUGUUGUUCACUGGUCUCGGUGGCGGGCAGUGAUCAUUCUCAUUGGCUCUACUUUAUUAAUGGCGGCAUGUGCAGAUCUGGCCACUGAGCAUAUCAGUCCAAUUCUUAAAGAAGCCACAGUGUCACAGUAUUUUAUUGGGGUGACUGUUUUAGCAUUGAUCCCUGAGCUUCCUGAACUUGUUAAUGGGAUUCAGUUUGCACUGCUCAACAAUCUAAGUCUAAGCAUCGAGAUUGGAACUUGCAUUGCGGUUCAGGUGUGCAUGUUGCAGAUUCCCAUACUGGUCCUAUUCUCUGUAUUUUAUCCAACAGGAUUCGUUCUGAUUUUCAGUGACCUUCAUCUUUGGGCCUGUAUGUUCAGCGUGAUUCUGAUGAAUUAUAUCUUCAUGGAUGGGAAGUGUGAUUACUUUCAGGGCACUGCCCUGGUCAUGGUUUACUUCAUACUGCUGGCCAUGUAUUUCUUUGCUCCAUCUCCUAGUGGCUGCUGA